UUUUUUUUAUUAAAUUCCUUUCAAUUUUUCAAGAAAUCCGAAAGAACUCCCUUUGGAAAUGGAAUCUCAACCUUGACCAAAAGCGCGUCCCAUUUUUUGAUCACACCUCUCUAGUUGAUCAGGAAUGCCGGAGGUUGAUGAACCCUAGUUCGAACUCAAGAACACAUUGUCGUGGGCUAUCGAUCGGUUUAGGGUUUUUCGACACUCGUGUAGUUCUUAACAAUUGUAGAAUGAUUUAUCUGUUAUUCACCGUUUUAUUCGCCGAAAUGAUUAUCAUUCUGUUACUUCUGUUCAAAACCCCACUCCGAGAGCCCCUAGUUGCCGGUUUAGACGGAUUCAAACAAGGAAAAGCUCAAUUGGCUGUGACAUCUGUCGGUGCCACCGUGUUCGUAGUAAUGAUGUACAAUAUCUACACCGUAGUGGAAAUCCGUAGCUGCUCCGCCGAUGCCGUCGAUUCCCCCAAUCGCGUCAUUCUCGCCUUCCGUAUCCUUGAAGCUUCUCUCAUGGGCGUUUCACUGUUCCUGUUGGUGAUGAUAGAAAGCCUACAACAGUUCAUUAAACCCGUUGUUAUACUUACAGAGACCAUAACAGCUUCAAGGAAACAAAACCAGGCCUGUGAAGACACCAACAAAAAGAAUGCACAUUUAGCCAAAUCUAUAAAAGAUGAGAUUUCUAGGUUGAAGACAGGAAUCACAAAACUGGAAUUGGAAUGUGAUAAAAGGGAAAAAGAUGUGCAGUCCAGAAAAGCCAAUUCCAGUACCCUAAAAAGCCAAUUAGUAGGGCUUCAUGUAGAAUACGAUCACUUGCUAACAGAGAACAAAGAUCUUAAAGAUCAACUACACGACAUAAAUGAAAGAUUGUCCCAUUCCACUAGUAAAAAGAUGUCGUUUUUUAGUUGGGAUCAAUGGGGAUUGUGAUAUAUGUUUGUGUAAGAACUUGCCACUUGUAUAAAGAUUUCCCCAACUUUUUUACAAUCGUUGAUUAUUCAUCUAAAAACUAUGAAAGCAGGUUCUUUGAUGUA